GUGUAUUAAAAAAGAAAUGGCUGUGUUUUUAAGAUGGUCAAGUUUUCAUGGAGUACUAUAUAUUUUAAUCAAUUUAAAAAUGGGAAAUUCAAUUUGUAAUAUGGAGAAUUAUAACGACUACAACUAUGACGAUCAAUGGACAUAUGUUCAACAUAUGUAUUGCCAGCAUAUCGAAGAGCAUUUAGAAGAUAUAGAGUAUGAUGGUCGUUGUACAAGAGUGACAAUUUCAGAUUCAAAUAUACCUGAAAUAUCAACUGCAGCAUUUUUAAAUGUAGAUCCCUCCAUGGAAGAUUUAGACCUGUCAGGAAACCGUAUAAAGAACAUACGGUCUGGUGCCUUUAGUGGUCCUCAAGCUUUGAGAAUACUUGACCUACAUAACAACCAAAUCGUAAAAAUAUCCAACGGAAUAUUUAAUCAUUUAGUCAAAUUAAAAUUCCUUGAUCUGUCUGAAAAUAAAAUCAGCAGCAUUGAUCCAAAUUUUUUAACAGGCGUAAACAUAUCUUCACUAAAUCUUGCAAGAAAUGCUUUAAAAUCUUUUGAAAAUGUAUUGGUGGGACAAAAUUCUUACGUAAGAAUGUUAAAUUUGAGUAGAAAUGAAAUUUCUCUUUUUAACUUAAAUAGAUUUAAUUGUAGAAUUAACACUUUGGACAUUUCAAAUAAUAAGUUAACAUUUGUUAAUAUUUGCUUUCCCGGAUUGCAAAAUCUUGAUGUUAGUUAUAAUGAAAUAAGCCAGUUACUUGCUGAUACUUGCUAUUUAAACACGUCACCACUAAAUUUAACUAUCAGUUAUAAUUUGCUAAAUGAAGAAAGCGUCAUGAAUGUUUCAAAAUUGUUAAAAUUAGAAAUGUUAGAUAUGGCGGGAAAUAAUCUGUCCUUUAUUCCUGUUAACCUAUUUGUCAAUUUAACAAACUUGGUAUACUUAAACAUGUCCCAUAAUAAGAUAAGUUACUUGAACUAUGGAGCACUGGAUCAUGUAAGAGGAUUGCAAAUUUUAGAUUUGUCGUAUAACAAGCUUACUACCAUUAAAAGAUACUUGCACUCGUUGUCAGCACUAAGAGCUUUAUAUAUUAAUAACAAUAAAAUUACAAACAUUAGUAGCAAACAACUGUUGAAUGAUAUUGGACCAUCGGUCAUCAUGAACAUAGAUAAUAAUGAUUUUAUUUGUGAAAAUUUGGUAGAAGUAGUUCAUGAUUAUAGCGUAUUUAUAGGUACGUCAAAGAUGGGAUCAAAUAUUAACGGCAUUGCUUGCAAAGAAGAAACAUUACCAAAAGCAAAUCAUGAGGUCAAAUUUGAAAAUGAUGUUGAGGAAUCCGAGAGCAAAGGUUUUAAAAACAGCAAAUUUAAUAAGUACCUUGAAGAAUUGAAAAAUAUUAAUACUUUAAAUUUUAAUGGUACUGACAUGUUAAAGUACUUCAACCAAGAUUUUAAAAACAGUUUGGUCUAUAAAUAUCUAGAAAACCUGAAAGCAAAUGAAAGCUCAGCUCAGCUUGCUACGCACUCUGUAUUAAUUAUAUUAUUAAUUAUUUUAGUAUUAUUUAAGGUUGUAAAAAUAUAUUCUAAUUACAAAAAUUCUAAAAAGUUGUUAUCUAGAGAACAAGUUGAACUCAUAGAUACAAGUAAUAUACAAUGUGUUCAACAAUGAACCAAUCAAUCUUUCGUUAGCAAUACGCAUUUUAGAAAAACGCCGGCACCACUGUACGAAUGUACUAGAUACUAGAUAACCUAAAACUAAAUCCCAGUUGUUUAGUACGUUCUUUAACGGUAAAAUAUUGCAAAACUUCUAAAUUUUAAAGAACCGCUUGGAUUGACAUGAAAUUUGGCAUACACAUAGCUAACAAGUCAAAGAAAAAAGUUAUAUUGUGCCGUUAUGUGCUUUUGCCCCGGGGGUGGUUUUCACCCCCUCUUGGGGCGAAAAAAUGUUCGUCCAAAAUAAAUCCGGAAAUGGAUAAACUGACUAAUUUUAAGUAACUUUUGUUCUAUAGAUUUUUUUCACUAAGUCAAUACACAUUUGAUAAUAUAUAUAUAUGCACAUAAUGAAUAUGUUCAUUUUUUCAACAAAAUAACCACGCUUUUGGACGGUUUUUCGCAAAUAACUCAAAUAAUAAGUAUUUUGUCUCAAAAUAUAGCCUGUAAAAAUUUUUAAAAAAUGAUGUAAAUAUCACGUCUCUGUACCUAGUAGAAGCAGAGUUAUAGCUAAUUACAAAUUGGUUCAUAUUCGUCAAAUUCCAAAUGGAAUAUUUAAUGUGAAGUAACCAAAAAUAAAACACAUUUCGGGGAAAACUCGUUACAAUUUAAUUAAAGUGUUUAAAAAAAGCUUCAUUUUUGUUUUAUAAAAAAAAAUUCUAGCAUCAAAAGUAAACAAGUUACGCUCAAUAUAAAGUUAGUCCCUUUUUUUUUGGUACAAAAUCGGGAAAAUCACCCCCUAAUUAGUAUCUCAAAUGAACUUAAUCGUUACGACUUCACAAGUUUCUUGACUCGUGUAUGUGUUGUUUAUAGGAUCUGUAAGUUUCAUCAGUUCAAAUUCCUUAUUUUUGAAAGGGCUGUAGUUAAAAUGGGUUGAACGAGUCACUGAUCACGAAUGUGUGCAAAUUUAGAAACACCAAAUCUUAAUCAAUUUUUUUCUAACAGAAAAACAAAAAAAUACAUGAUAUUCAGAAAAGCAAUGCUGACUUUUUUUGCUUUUCGAGAUUUUUGGUAUCUCUAACAAUUUUUCAAAAUUAAAAUUAUUGAAAAUUUUAUUUUAAAACCAAAAUUUUUUUAAAAAUAAGCACGUUGGAUCGAUGAAAUUUACAGAUCAUAUAAACACAACAUAAGUAAAAUAAUUUGUGGAGCGGUAACGAUUAAUUUCAUUUAAGUUGAUAAUUAGGGGGUGGUCUUCCCGAUUUUUUUUUGCCAAAACAAAAGGGACCAACUUUAUUUUGAGCGUAACUUGCUUAAAUUUAAUGCUAGAAAAUUUUUAUGACAACAGAAAUAAAGCUUUUUUAAACACUUUAAAAAAGUUAUAAUGAGAUUUCCCCAAAAAUUGCUUAAUUUUUUCGAUAUUUCACUUCGAAAUAUUCUAUUUGAAAUUUGGUGGAAAUUGGGUCCAGAGACCUAACGCGUACACUAUAUUUUUUACUUUUUAACAUGCUAUAUUUUUGCUGUUUUUUUUUUCGAUAACAUACUUACUUUUUGAGUUAUUUGCGAAAAGCCGUCUAAAAAUGUAGUUAUUUUGUUGAAAAAUGAACAUAUUCACUCGCAAAUAACUCGAAAAGUGUUGACUUGGCGAAAAAGCUCUAUAGAACAAAAGUUACUUGAAAAAAGUCAGUUUUUCCAUUUCCGGACUUAUUUUGGAUAUAUAUUUUUUCACCCCCAAGAGGGGGUGAAAGUCACCUCCAGAGGAAAAGCACACAUCACUUUUAAUCACUUACUUAAGCACAAUAUCACUUUUUUUCUUUGAAAUGUAAGUUAUGGGUAUGCCAAAUUUCAUGUCAAUCCAAGCGGCUCUUUAAAAUUUAGAGCAAAAAACGUGAAAGAAUGGACUAGUUGUUUUUCCUCCACGAAACGUGCACGUGUUAUAACCGAUUUAAGAAUUUGAACGCAUCGAGUAAAAUUUUCAAGGUAAGCAUUUUCGCUUUUAUUUCUUACAUGCGUGAAUUAUUUUAAUUUAUUCUCUGUAGUACGGUACAUUGAUAGAUUAGUUAGUGUUUGGGUAUGUAACUCUAAAAUACAUUGUUGUAGAUAAUGAAUUAUUGGUUUUUGAUUGUUACAAGUUGCGGUACGCACACAAUGAACCAAACUAUGUUGGGACACAAUGAACCAUGGUUCACUGUGUACCCUUCCAAUGUUUUAGAUUUAUUUUUAUUUUCAGGAUUGGUCGCGUUAAUAAAAUAGAAAGGAAGAAAAGCGCACAUAGUGUUGAUCAAAUGAGGGCAGCAUUGGACUUAGUAACCAGGCGUAUGAGUAUUCGAAAAGCAGCAGUAGAAAGUAAUUUAGCAUAUCCUACACUAAGGCGAUGUGAAAAAAUAAAGUGUGCUCCAAACGAAAACAUAAGAUUUGUUCUUAACUACGAGACGAACAUGAUUUUCACAAGUGAACAAGAAGACGCUCUUAAGACCUACUUGAAAACUUGUGCACUUAUGUUAUAUGGAUUGACAUCUGUUGAAUGUAGAAAGGUUGCAUAUCAAAUGGCUCAAAGGAAUAAUAUCAAAAUUCCUGAUUCAUGGAAGAAUGCAGAAAUGGCUGGCAGGGAAUGGCUCCGAAGUUUUAAGAACAGGUAUACCGACUGUCUCUGAGAAAACCAGAGCCGUGCAGCCUGGCACGUGCGACAUCAUUUAACAGAGAUAAUGUUAAUCGCUUUUUUGACAACUUAUAUGCUGUAAUGUAUCGGAAUGCCGCAUUUUCUGAUGGUACAAGAAUUUACAACUUGGAUGAAACUGCAACCACAACGGUGCAAAAAACUCAGAAAAUAGUGGCACCAAAAGGGAAAAAGUGUUUGGGUAAAGUCACCAGCGGUGAGAAAGGGACACUAGUAAUAACGUGCUGUUUUAUAUAUGCCAGAGGUUAUGCUUUAACUCCAGCAAUAAUUUUUCCGCGGAAAAAUUAUAAGGAUUUCAUGUUAAAAGAAGCCUUCACUGGUUCUUUAGGCCUUGCUACGCCGACAGGAUGGAUGAAUUCGGAGUUGUUUGUAGAGGUAAUGAAACAUUUCAUUAAACAUAGUAGAAGCCCUCCUGAUAAUCCAUCAAUUUUAAUAUUCGAUAAUCAUGAAUCUCACUUGUCCAUCGCAGCCUUAGAUUUGGCAAAAGCUGCAGGGGUUAAUAUUGUAACUUUGCAUCCCCACACAUCGUCUAAAUAACAGCCACUUGACGUUGGUUUAUAUGCGCCAUUCAAGACGUAUUAUAACAUUGUCAUAGAGUCGUGGCUUCUAAGAAAUCCUGGUAGGCUGAUAUCUGUUUAUGACUUAGCUGAAUGUAUAUGUAUAGCCCAGUCGGGAUAGCAUUUGACCUUGCAUUUGGAGCUGCCCCAAAUUUUAUUUUUUCUAAUCUUUAGGGAGGAUUAAUAUUAGUAUAAAUUUAAAAUCUCGACUGAAUUCCACCGUUGCGUUAGCCGCCAUCUUGAUUUAAAACGAGAACCGUUUUUGCUCAAUAUCUCCGCCAUUUUCAAUUUUUUGACAAAAAGUGAAGAAACUGAAAUUGUUGAAAAUGCGAUUUUCUAUAAUUUAAUUUAUAAUAAUUUUUUUCGUGCGGUCGAUAUUUUCCGAGUUAUGAGGGGAAAAUAGUGACAGUUGUAGCAUAAUUAUUGAAUUAUUAAAUUGUCUCGUUUAUUAUUAGUUUUACAACAAAUAUAUAUCUAUACAAAAAUUAAGAGAAUUAAAUUUUGUACAAUUUUGAUGCCGUUCAUUUUUUUGAUAAAAUCAAUAUUUAAGGUAGUACGUAUGUGGUAAAUGUGCGAGCGUAAGACUUGAUUGAUUUUGUAGCAAUUGUUUUUGUUCAAUAUCUCCGCCAUUUUCAACUUUUCGACAAAAAGUGUAAGAACUGAAAUUGUUGCAAUUACGAUUUACUACAAUUUUUCGAGAAAACCAGUGGCGGGUUUACAAGGAGGGGAAAUGGGAAAAUUCCCCCCCAACAGGGUCCAAAAUUAAAAAAAAAAAUGUUGAAACAUCACGAUAUUAAAUAUUAAAAUUUUUAGCUGACAUAAAACUUAAAAUAUCGACAGACAAAUUCAACCAAUAAAACCUGCUAGUUAAUAAAAUUAAGUGAACUUAAUGCAUAUAAUGUCUUUUUAUGUCUUUUAUAUACUUAGUUUGGUUGAUGUUUCAUUGGAAGUUUUAAAAAUUGUAUAAAAUAUAAUUCUCUUUAUUUUUGUUUAUGUACAAUUAUGUCGUAAAGUUAAUAAUAAAUGAGACAAUUCAAUAAUUAUGCUUCCCCUCCGCUUCCAUUAUUGUCCCUCUUAACUCGGAGAAUAUUGAUCGUAUAAAAAAAUUGUGCCAAAGAAAUUGUAGGAAAUUGCAUUUCCAACAAUUUUCUUUCCCACUGUUUAUGUCGAAAAGUUGAAAAUGGCGGAGAUAUUAAGCAACAACUGUUCUCAUUUAAAAUCAAUAUGGCGGCUAAUGCAACCGCGGAAUUCAGUCGAGAUUUUAAAUUUACACUACUAUUGAUCUCUCCUAAAGGAUAGAAUUAUAAAAUUUGGGGCAGCUCGCAAACAAAAUUCAAUUCAAUAAUUAUGCUCCCCCCACCACUUUUUACUAUUUUCCCAUGUAACUCGGAAAAUAUCAAUCGCAUGAAAAAAACUGUUAAAAAUAAAUUGUAGGAAAUUAUAUUUUCAACAAUUUUAGUUGAAAAUGGCGUAGAUAUUGAACAAAAACAUUUGCUAUAAAAUCAAUCCGGUCUUACGCUCGCGCCAUUAACGCAUACGUACUACCUUAAAUAUUAAUUUUAGCAAAAAAAUGAAAGAAAUUAAAAUUAUGUAGAAUUUAAUUCUCUUCAUUUUUGUAUGGGUACAUAUUUGUUGUAAAACUAACAAUAAACGAGAUAAUUCAAUAAUACAAUAAUUAUGCUCCAACUGUCACUAUUUUCCCCUCAUAACUCGGAAAAUAUCGACCGCACGAAAAAAAUUAUAAUAAAUGAAAUUAUAGAAAAUCGCAUUUCCAACAAUUUUAGUUUCCACACUUUUUGUCAAAAAAUUGAAAAUGGCGGAGAUAUUGAGCAAAAACAGUUCUCGUUUAAAAUCAAGAUGGCGGCUAACGCAACGGUGAAAUUCAGUCGAGAUUUUAAAUUUGGACUAAUAUUGAACCUCCCUAAAUAUUAGAAAAAUAAAAUUUGGGGCAGCUCCUAAUGCAAGGUUAGGCCUGUUAUUCGUCUAACCCGACUGGACUAGUAUUGGAAUAGCACAUAGUCGUUCCAUAACUCUUAGAAAUAUAGCCAAUGUCUUUAAAAAAUGCGGUGUAUAUUCCUUUGAUCGGGAUAUCUUUACAGAUGACGAUUUUUUGCCAAGUGAGGUAACAAACAGACCAUGCCCAAAUGAUGAAAGUUCUAAUAAUAUAAGAGACCUUCAAGGAGGUGAACAUAAUGAUGAAAUCACUGUGCCAAAUGAAAAUGACAGUUCUGCAACUAAUAACAUGCAAUCAGAAAACCCCGAACAUACAGAAAGUCAAGCA